GAGGCCGGUGGACCCCGGAUUUUCCCAGCCUGGUGGAGCAGCAGAUCGGCGAGUUGCCACCUGUCCCGUGCUUCCUAGCUCCUCCCCUGCCUGUCUUCUCUCUCUCCUGAGAAGAUGUUCCUGGUGGGCCUAACUGGAGGCAUCGCCUCAGGCAAGAGCUCAGUCAUCCAGGUGUUCCAGCAGCUGGGCUGUGCUGUGAUCGACGUGGACGUCAUUGCCCGGCACGUUGUCCAGCCAGGGUGUCCUGCCCACCGGCGUAUAGUAGAGGCCUUUGGCACUCAAGUCUUGCUGGAGAAUGGGGACAUCAACCGCAAGGUCCUCGGAGACCUGAUCUUCAACCAGCCUGACCGUCGGCAGCUGCUUAACUCCAUCACCCACCCUGAGAUCCGCAAGGAAAUGAUGAAAGAGACCUUCAAGUACUUCCUCCGAGGGUUCCGAUACGUGAUUCUGGACAUCCCCCUCCUGUUUGAGACCAAGAAGCUGCUCAAGUACAUGAAGCACACAGUGGUAGUGUACUGUGACCGCGAUACACAGCUGGCGCGGCUGAUGAAGCGGAACAACCUGAACCGGGAGGACGCAGAGGCGAGGAUCAAUUCCCAGCUACCCCUGAAGGACAAGGCCCGCAUGGCCAACCACGUUCUAGACAACUCGGGAGAGUGGAGCCUCACCAGACGCCAGGUCAUCCUCCUGCAUGCCAAGCUGGAACGCUCCAUGGAGUACCUGCCACUGAGGCUCGGCUUCCUAACGGGCCUCGCAGGCAUCGCCAGCCUCCUCUACCUGCUCACCCGUUACCUUCUCCCUUCCCCCCAGCUGGGUAACCCCGGCAGCAAGCCUUAGGCCUCCUCCUUGGAGGCUUAAGUCAGGUACCACAUCCACAACACUACACUCUCUCUGACUCUGAGACUGGCCCUGCGGCGGGCCAGCUCUGGAGUGUAACCAGUCUGGGGACUCAGCAAAAGAAGCCCACUGACAGUAUGUACCCUCCCACCCUCCCCAGAGCCCUACCGUCCCCAACCACCACCUGCAGAACAAUAUCCAUGGUGGCAGGAAACAGCGGUUAGCAGUCUCUGUGGCUGCCCCCCACGGUUACGACUACGUAACCAAAAGUGUCUUGGGCUUGAACCUUCUCAGAGCAUCUGCCCCAGCAUGGCCACAAACAUACUAGUGGACCACAGCAAAUCCUUCCAGACCAAAGGCCUUCUCCUUCAAACAGCUAUCUCCUGGGUGCAGAGACUCUCCUCUUUGGCCAUGCUGUGGCUAGGCCGAGGCAGAGCCCUUUGGAGAAACCCAGCUUCUAAUGGAGCUUUUCCUCACAUCUUAGCCACUACCUCCCCCACUCUGCCUCUGAGCUCUGAGCUCUUGGCAUUCCCCGGGCCCCAUGUUAUCUUACCUCUGUGCCUUCCCCUAGAUGUUCCCUGCCCUGCAGUACCUUACCCCCACUGCCCCAGGUCAGGCACCAGCAGCCCCAGACUGAGUUAGGUGCUGUAACGAUCACCUUCCUGUUUCAUCCUAACCCCCGGUAGAGGAAUCUGUAAGCUGGUUGGGUUCUCCCAGACUGUACCGGUUCAUCUCUGCUCUAGUGUACUACCGCCUGCUCUCCACUGGUGCUCAAUAAACGAAGUCGGUCAAAAA